UCUCUCUCCUCUCUCGGCCUUCUUCGCGUGUUUCCCUCUUUUUCUUAGGCCGCCCUCUACACUUCUCGACAUAACCAUCGAGAGGGCGGUCGAGAGAAACGAGAGCGGCAGACACCAUGGGGAGCUCGAGGACCAUCGUUGCGUCCCCCCUGCUCCUCCUCGCCCUCCUCCUCCUGGCUUUCGCGGCCACCGCCGAGGCCCGCGUUGUCCCCGAGCUGUUUGGCGAGGACCAAUUCCAGCGGACAUGCAACCAGGUGCACUUCAGGAAGAUGUGCCAGAGCUUGACGAGGCUCCCGAGGGUGACAACGCCGCGCGAACUGCUGCUAGCGUCGAUGCGCGUCGCGGCGGAGAAGGCCAGGGAGGCCAAGAGCCGGGUGGACGAGUUCGCGGCGAGGAACCACGAGGGCCGGCCGAUGGAGUCCAUCCUCGGAGCCUGCAGCAACGGGUACGACAACGUUGUGCAGACGCUCGAGGAGGCGCGGAAGAUCGUCGCCACGCGGCCGGCGGCGGGCACCCAGGCCCAGGCCGACGACAUGAACACGAAGCUGUCGGCCGCCGUCACGAGCGCCAGCGACUGCGACAACGCCUUCGCCGACUUCCCGGCGAUUAGGUCCCCAUUCUUGCCCAUGCAGCGGAACGUCUACCGCCUCGUCGACAACGUCCUCAACAUCUUCGUCGUCGUCAACCAGCCGGAGCACGCGCACAAGCACGGGCACUAGCCGCGUGCGCGCUGGCCGGCCUGCCAGUUGUAAGAGCCGGGAUGGUGUUGUAUCGAUCUCCUUUCUGCACUUGAAUAUAUAUGUGAACAAGGCUUGAG